AGCCAUUUUCUAUAGCCACUAGAUUGCACACAAAGUGGCGCGUAUGAAGUAGCGCACAACUUUCAUAAGUUGGCUGCUUACCUUUCUUGAACUCCAUUCUACCUCCAUGAUAUAAUUAAUCAUGAGUCUGGAAGUCUACUACGACCUCUUUUCGCAGCCUUCAAGAGCUGUGGUGCUCUUCUGCAAAGUCAAUGGGAUUCCGUUCAUCCCCAAACCGGUGACUCUUAAAAAAUAUGAACCUUUAAGUGGUGAAUAUGGACUCAUUAAUCCAUUCAGGAGAGUUCCAGCUAUCCAAGAUGGUGACUACAUCCUUACAGAGAGUGUAGCGAUCCUUCAGUACCUCGCUGAACGGUACCACUGCCCUGAUCAUUGGUACCCAAAGGACAUCAAGGCACGGGGUAAGGUGCAGGAGUACAUGGCAUGGCAGCACCUGAAUACUCGAAUGCAUUGUGUAGCUGUCUUUGUGCACGAGGUCAUUCUCCCCAGAUCUACUGGAAUUGCCCCAGACAAAGGGAAACUUCAUGAGUAUGUUGAGUCGAUGAACACCACACUGACCAACAUAGAGGAUGUCUUCCUUCAGGACACCCCAUAUCUCAGAGGGGAUCAUAUCAGCAUUGCAGACCUCCUUGCAGUUAGCGAGGUGGUACAGGUUUCUGCUUCGGGUCGAGACGUCACCGCCGGCCAUCCCAAACUAGCGGCGUGGAUAAAGCGCGUCAGGGAAGAUCUCAAUCCACACUAUGACGAAGUCUUCUCCCCUCUCAACAGAAUGCGGGAGAUGAGCCUUAAACAACAGAAACCCAAGCUUUAGGGAAAAAAAAUAGCCUGGAGAAUCAGGCCUGCAUUGGAGGCCAUAGUCUCCGCGUUGCCCCUGGUCUUGGCCAUGGUGCUCCUUCAAAAAUUUCCCAUUGACUUUAAGAUUUUCCAAUGAAAGUGCCCUCUGCACAAUAAAAGUGGCCCUGCCCUUUUAAAGGCAGUGGACACUAUUGGUAAUGGGAGACUUUUUGAAAGCUCUGCCACUAGAGGGCAGAA